AUGUCCUACUUUCCACACACUGCCGGCACUUCCAGUACCGCCGACACGCGCGACACAUAUGAAGAUGAAGCGCGCGACAAAUUCGCCGAAGACGACACGGACGUCAUCUUCGGCGUCCCCCCAAGUCGGGCAAACUCACCUGGCUCACCCCUCUCGGCCCGCUCUGCCCCGCUUUCUCCAAGCUACUCGCGUCCAGGCGUGACACGCACAAUCACUCAGGGGACGGUGGCAUCCCGCAUCUCACGGGUCGUCAUGAACCCCGAACGAGAAUGUGCCGAGGGCCGACACGAGGAGAAGAUGGAGCCUCCGGCUUACAUCAAGAAGUAUGCGUACCACUUCUUCUCGCCGGAGAUUAAGCCGUUCCGAGCACUCGUGCUCAAGGUGCUCGUGGGGGUGAUUGUGAUUACUACGUUCAUCAUGUGGGCUGCGGCGCCAUUUUACUGGGGAUCGCUGUGGAAGGCCAACCAUUACACGGACAGGCUCGCGAUUCGAGUAGUCGACCGCGAUGGCGGCGAGAUCGGCUCGGCUGUUACCGCGUUCCUACUCUCCCAGCGAAAGAAGUUUGGACUGGGCUACUUUGUCACCUCGCCUUCGGAAUUCCCAACCGACGCAGAGCUGUCCCACAACAUCGUGCAGGAAGGCGCAUGGGGCGCAGUGGUCAUCAAUGCCGGCGCAACGGCAAACCUAGCUAGCGCACGGGCAGGGGGUAACACGUCAUACGACGGCCGCGACGCGAUCCAGUUCAUAUACGCACAGGCGCGAAACGAACUCGCGAGCGGAAGUUACAUGCUCCCAAUGGUUACGGCUCACCUCAACGCUAUCACCGACACCGUUGGAGUACAGAGCGUCGCCUCGUUCCUCCAAUCCGCUGAUGAGGCUGUACUGCGCGCGGCCCCUCCUUCGACCCUCUCCUCCCCAGUCGGAUGGAACAUCGUCAAUCUCCGACCGUACAACCAGCCGGUCGCGCAGGCUAUCACCCUCGUUGGACUGAUUUACAUGCUCAUCUUCUCGUUCAUCUGUACAAUGGCGAAUAAUGGGGCGCGCGAAAUCAUCUCUCCUUACCUCUCAAACAAGGCGUAUAUCACAUACCGCAUCGUCGCCCCUCUGCUACUCUAUCUCCCACUCUCGCUAUUCUUCGCAAUGGUAUCACUGCCAUUCAAAGUAUCGUUCGACGCUCACUUUACCUACGCCGGCGGCUUCUUCCUCUUCUGGAUGGUCAUGUUCCUCGGCAUGGCCAGUGUUGGUCUAGCCACAGAGUUCCUGAUCACGGUCAUUGGGCCUAAAUUCGUCUCCUUCACCCUCAUCCCACUCAUUAUUGCAAACGUAUCCGUCGCUUCCUUGCCGCACGAACUCCAGCCCUGGAUUUAUCGGUAUGGUGUGGCCAUGCCAUUCUACAACUGUAACCGGGCCAUCCGGGCUAUCAUCUUCGACACCAAGAACGACCUGGGCCAGAACUUUGGUAUCCUCCUCGCUUGGAUCGUGUUCAGCAUCCUCACCAACUCGGUCACGACGUACCUCUAUAGGCGUAAGGCGGUGAACGAGCAUAUGAAGGACGAUGGUGAGCAGGAGAAGGAUAUCGCCUUGCCCGAUGGGCGCGUCGUGUAA